UCUUGAGUCUUGUUGUUUUUACAGAUAAGCAUUGACAACCAAACAUGUCUAAAAUUCAACAUGGCCAGCAUUGUGACAGUAACUGUAUUUAAAUGUAGGAGGAGGAUACUGAUUGUUUGUUUGUUUCCAUGUAGUCUUGCCUCUCGAUGUAUACCUAUUGGGUUAAAAGUGGAGGUUAAAGAUUGUAUUUAUUAAAGUUCCUGAAAUGCUAAUAUGCAUCAUGAGACUGUCAAGGGCAGUCUCCUUCUGUUCGUAAUGGAAACGUAAUCUGAAAGUGCUAAGAAUAUUGGGAUAUUACAUAAAGUUUACAGAUUUGUUUCAGAUACUUAAGGACAUGUACUGUUCAGCAGAAAUUUGAACUGAAAUGCAAAAAAAAAAUUUUUUUUUCUUAACAUGUCUUGAUGUAUAGUAUACCAAUGAUUAAACUGACAAGGCCUUAAUUUGCAUUUGAUAAGUGUUUUGGUUACUGAGUGUGCACAUGAUCCACAGAUGAACAUUAUCAUAACAAAAUGUUUUUAAGAGGCAACCAUUCCAUGUUUUAAAUUAAUAUUGAAUAAUUAGUUUCAAGUAAAAUUCUGCUUAACCCCUUUCAUUUUAAGUACUUAAGAGUUUUGGAAAGACUAUAUACUACCUCAUGCUUUAGUUCGUGUUUUUGAUUUUGGCUGAAUGGAAAAAAAAAACAGCGCCCUUUCAGAGGGGAACUUAUGUGCACUCAUUGACUCCAAAUCCUCCAUUUUUAAGAUGGGCCUAAACAAUCCCAUUUCUGAAACAAUGAAAAUACAAUCACAAACUCUAUUUAACAGGACUGAAUGUGUUUGGAUGUUGCUUUUUUAUAUAUUUGAGAGUUGAAUUAUUAAGGCACACUGCUUUAUACAGUCAGCAGAGCGACUGAGUUAAAUGGAGAAAAGCGCAUAAGGUAGUUAAUAGUGUGAUUCAUGAAGUAUUUUCCCCCCUAGUCCCUUACAAAAUUUGUAUUUAAUUUCCCAGUUUGACCAAGAGUUUACUUUGCUGUUUAUAUAAAUGCUUAGGGAAUUUCAAAUACUUUUGCAGGCGUUGUUCUUUCUGAUUAAAAAAAUAAAUAAAUAAACACAGUCUCUCUCUCUCUUCUUCCUCCGUCUGUGUGCAACUGCUUUGGGAGCCCGGCCCUCCUGUUUGAAACCCUCACUGCAAAACGCGUUGUCCUUCCAGGCUCCCGUAGAAGACCAACGAUAUUAACUGAGCUUUUGGCGCUCGUCCUGCUGAGCUGCAGACAAGGGAGAAAGAGGUGGCAGACCGCGUGGUAAGGAGACAUCACUGAAGCGAUUCCUGUUGUUUUUAGGAGCACAACAUGGGCAAGAAGCAGAACACCAAGGGAAAGAAGGAUGCACAGGAGACACAGGAGGAACCUGAGGAAUUUGUUGUGGAAAAAGUAUUGGACCAGCGUAUUGUCAAUGGGAAAGUAGAAUUCUUCUUGAAGUGGAAAGGAUUUACAGAUGCUGACAAUACAUGGGAGCCAGAGGAGAACCUGGAUUGUCCAGAGCUGAUUUCAGCCUUUCUGGAAUCACAGAAGAACGUUACAGAGAAGCCUGCUCCUGUUAAGAGGAAGGCAUCAACAGAUGAGCCAGAGACUGAAGCAAAGAAGAAAGAUGUGGCCGAGAAACCGCGUGGCUUUGCUAGGAACCUCGAACCGGAACGGAUCAUUGGCGCAACGGACAGUAGUGGAGAGUUGAUGUUCUUGAUGAAAUGGAAAGACUCAGAUGAAGCAGACUUGGUCCCAGCCCGUGAGGCAAACACUCGCUGCCCUCAGGUGGUCAUUUCUUUCUAUGAGGAGAGACUGACAUGGCAUUCCUGUCCAGAGGAUGAAGCUCAGUAGUACUUUCCAAUGGUCCCUGCAGUCCUUUGCACCACCUAUGCCCUUCUCCUCAGGACUGAGUUUUCCUCUCUGGCUUGCCUUCUAGUUUUAGCUAUCUUAGUUAUUUUUGAAGAUGUUUCAAGACUCAAAUCAUAUGGCAGUCAAAGAGCGCUAUGUUCUUGUACAUAUUAGCAGAAGUGAUUAUAAGAAAACAGGUGAUGGUGUUGUGAUGUGUAAUGCAAGAAGUCUUCCAGUAUAAUUAUGAUUUAUGUUAUGGCAGUUUAGAAACAUUAAUAGAAACCAGCACUGCCUAUAUUCAUACCUGGUCAAAUUUUGUAAAUUCUUAAUGGCUACUUUGGUUUGUUAAGCUGUCAAACACCUCUUGUAUUACCAUCUCAGUUUCAUGUAAGAUGCUGUUUGUUCUGGGGGUGUUUUUUCACACUAGUUGUGAUGUUUUGGUCUAAAAGUGCAUUUUGUAUACUUUGUCUGUAAAUAUUAUUUGACGUUCUAAUAAAGGUUUUAUGUGGCCAGA